GGCUCAAUUAGCUGGAGCAAUCCAGCUCCUGCCAAGUGGGGCCCAUGCAAUGGCAGCGGAACCUGUGAGAGUCAACCUGGCCAAAGAGCCAGACGAAGUGCCUGUUGAAAAGGGGCCAGACAACACGCCGGCCCGGCUCGACAUUGCUACGCUUCCACGACCCAAACAUCCAGCUGCCCCACAGAAGAUGACAUCCCAGAGCUCGAACUCACCUGAGGCAGGUGAAAGCAGCCUGUCAGCUCCAGAUGUCGAAGGAAUGGCCCAAGGACAUGACGCAGACCCCGAAGGCGCCGAGCGCCGCGCUGGGAUUCCCUUUGAGAAGCCCACACACCUGGCAAGCAACACGCGCGGCCAGGUCAAUGCGGAAGACGAGGAGGAGGAGGAGGAGGAAGAGGAGGAGUCAGAGGAAGAGGAUGAAGAGGACGACGAAGAGGACGACGAAGACGAAGAUGGCAAGGAGGGGAAGUCGCAGAUCAAAGACUUUGGCCAGCAACCACUACAUCCAGAGCUUUGGCAUGGCUAUGUGGAGCUGGUGAAUCGAGAGCAGCUCCUGGACAAGCGUGAGGCCGCCCUACGUCAAAAGGAGAAGAAGCUGCGCGAAGUUGCCACCAGCUGCUCUCAGAAGACUCAGAAGUUGGACAGGGAGCGAGAGGCAUACGUGCAGAACUCCAACAAGUUGGAGGAGUUCAAAAGCGUCUUGGACAAGAUGAGGGAUAGCGUGGAGGUGAAAGGCCAGGAGCUGAAUCUGAAGCAGGUUGAGCUUCUUCACCGCGAGAAGCGGCUGGAGCAGAUGGAUGAGACGUUUGCUCGAAACAAGAGCAAGCAGCUCGCGGAAGUGCAGCAGCGAUUCGCUCAAAAGGAGGAAGAGUUCAGGCGCAAGGAGGAAGACAUCAGAGUCUGGGAGGAACGGAUCAGCCGAAGGGAGGAGGAUGUCAGACGGCGGGAGGAUGACAUGAGGCGAAAGGAGGCACGCAAUCGCUCCGACACAGAACAGCAACAGCAGGCCCUAGCAAAGUCCCAAGAACGGCUUCGAAAACGCCAGGAGGACUUGAAUGCCAAAGAGCGUGACUUGCAGACCAAAGAGCGCAGUUUUGAAGGUGUGGAGGUGAGGAGCAAGCGUGUGGAGCAGCAGAACAAGUACCUCUCAGCAGAGAUCGAGCGCUUGAAAAAGAUCCUCGAGGCUCGGGAGGCCCGCGACGCCCGCGACGCCCGCGAUGCCCGCGACGCCCGCGACGUCCGCGACCUGGAGACGAGCUUAGGCUCCGGCGUCGCCGGCCCCGCCGCGGCCGCGCCGGGUCUGGGCGUCGCCGCGCCGGUGACCUCACCGGACACCGACUUCUUCCGAGGCCUCCCCGAGCUCAGCCCCUAUGUCUCCGGGCGAGAGCGCGGCGAACCAAGUCAACAGGGCCAGAUCUUGAACUCCGUGUGGGGAGGUCCUUACCUACACUGACAAGAGAGCCACAUUCAAGUUUGAG